UUUAAAUCUGGGUUCUCUGCUGCUUGCAUACAAUGGCCGGAGAGAAAGCAGGAUGCGUGCGUUUGUUAGUUAGCGAGCCGCUAAUGCGUAUUAGUUGAAGCACCUCGCGCUUCACCGUCCCGGAUUAGUGUAAUCUCAAUCUCAAUCCCAAUCCAAUCCGCCGCUCGCAUCCCAUUCCCAGCACGGCCGAGCAGCGAGAUGGAGGCCGGCGUUCGUUGGGCCGCGCUCCUUUUCCUCCUCAUCCUCUCGCAGGCGCUGACUGCUGUUCACUCUCAGGAGGCGGCGCAGGAAGAGGAGAUCCCGCAGGUAGACGAGGAGCUGCAGGAGGAGGAUCAGCAGAUCGCGGAGACGUGGACCGCCAGGAACGUGCAAGCGUGCACGUGCGACUGUGAGGCCGUCGCGCCCGGCAGUCUCCCCGACACCGUCGCCGCCUCGCCGGCGCCAGAGCCGCCUCGAGGCAGCCCGCCGACUUGCAUGCCAGAGUGUCCGUACCACAGAGCUCUGGGCUUCGAGUCCGGCUCGGUGACGUCGGACCAGAUCAGCUGCUCCCACCGGGACCAGUACAGCAGCUGGUACUCGUCUUGGGUGCCCAACAAGGCUCGGCUCAACAACCAGGGCUUCGGGUGCGCGUGGCUGUCCAAGUACAACGACCUGCACCAGUGGCUGCAGAUCGACCUGCGGGAAGUGGGCGUGGUCUCGGGCAUCCUGACGCAGGGCCGCUGCGACUCGGACGAGUGGAUCACCAAGUACAGCGUCCAGUACCGCACGGUGGAAGCGCUCAACUGGGUCUACUACAAAGACCAGACGGGAAACAACAGAGUGUUCUACGGGAAUUCGGACCGCUCGUCCACGGUGCAGAACCUUCUGCGCCCGCCCAUCGUGGCGCGCUACAUCCGCCUGCUGCCGCUGGGUUGGCACACCCGCAUCGCCGUCCGCAUGGAGCUGCUCAUGUGCAUGAGCAAGUGCGUGUGACGGACCUGCCCGGACGACACGCUCCCCGAACUCAACACUCGCGCUUCUCGGAGCCUCAGGGGAGGAAAGGAAUGGGGAGCGGGAAAAAAUUAUAAUCAUGCACUUUCAAUUGAGAAUAUACAGCUAGACGCCAUAGAUUUUAGUCUGACUUCCAUGCUAAAAUAUUUUACUUUUCAUUAAAGAAAUGGGACUUGUCCAUACCAUGUUUUUUUUUGGGGGGGGGGGAGGAUUACAGUAUACAACAAGAAAAUGUUAAAUAAAUAUUUCAACUUUUUGUCUCAUCAUCUCUUUUCAUUCCAUGCAAAGGAUGAUUAGUUCCAGGGGUUUGUGAGAAUAAAGUCAUACUUUUUCGAGCAAAUAUGAGAAUUUUUUUUUUUAAAAUAGAAAAACAAGUUAUAAUAUUAUGAGAUUAAAGU